AUGGGUAAGACUGACAAGAAGAAUAGUAAGGGUCGUUUGGAUAAGUACUACCACUUGGCCAAGGAGAAAGGUUAUCGUGCCCGUUCUUCUUUCAAAGUUAUUCAAAUAAAUGAAAAAUUUGGUCAUUUCUUAGAAAAAUCAAAAGUGGUUAUUGAUCUGUGUGCUGCUCCUGGUUCUUGGUGUCAAGUCGCUUCCAAACUAUGUCCUGUUAAUUCUUUGAUCCUCGGUGUGGAUAUUGUUCCCAUGAGGCCAAUGCCUAAUGUAAUCACAUUCCAAAGUGAUAUUACUACAGAGGAUUGUAGGUCAAAGUUAAGAGGUUACAUGAAGACAUGGAAAGCUGAUACCGUGCUGCACGAUGGUGCUCCAAACGUGGGUCUUGGAUGGGUGCAAGAUGCAUUCUCUCAAUCUCAGUUGACUUUACAAGCUUUAAAGCUAGCUGUCGAGAAUUUAGUGGUGAACGGUACGUUUGUGACCAAGAUUUUCAGAUCUAAGGAUUACAACAAACUGAUGUGGGUUUUCCAACAACUAUUUGAAAAGGUUGAGGCUACAAAACCACCAGCUUCAAGAAAUGUAUCUGCAGAAAUUUUCGUCGUCUGUAGGGGUUUCAAGGCGCCAAAGAAGCUGGAUCCAAGAUUAUUGGAUCCAAAGGAAGUCUUUGAAGAAUUACCUGAUAAGCCACAAAAUAUGGAAGCUAGAGUUUUCAAUCCGGACAAACAUACGAGGAAAAGAGAAGGUUAUGAAGAUGGUGAUAAUCUAUUAUAUCAUGAGAUGCCAUUAACGGAAUUUAUCAUGCAUGAAGAUCCUAUUUAUUUGUUGGGUUAUAUGAACAAAUUUACCUACGAUGAAAACAAUCACGAUUGGAAGAUCGUGAAGAAGUUGAAACAGACCACUGGUGAAUUUUUAGCAUGUAUUGAAGAUCUGAAAGUGCUUGGUAAGAAAGAAUUCAAGAUGAUCUUAAAAUGGAGAAAGGCUGCUAGAGAGCUAUUGGGAGUAGAUAAGAAAGAGGAAGAAGCACCUAAGAUUGAAGUACAGCCUUUAGAUGAAGAAGAACAAAUUGAUAAAGAAUUACAAAGUCUACAGGAGAAACAAAGAUUAGAGCAGAAACGUGAAAGACGUAGGCGGAAUGAAGCCAAGAUGAAAGAAAUUCACAGGAUGAACAUGAACAUGCUGACUCCUGGGGAUCUUGGUAUCGAAGCCGCUGAAAUCGGUAGAGAAUCUUUCUUUAAUUUAAAGACGGCAGAAAAAACUGGUAUUUUGGAUAAAUUGGCAAAGGGUAAGAAGAGAAUGAUCCCCACAGGACAGAUUGAUAAUAGAGAUGAUGACAUAUAUGUGGAAGAUGGGAUUAUAGUUCACGAUAAAUCGGACGCUAAAGAAGCUGAUGACUUGGAAGCUGAAUUGGACGAAAUGUACAAUCAAUACAAGCUAAGGAAAUCCGAAAGGGAUGCAAAGUUUAAGGCCAAACAGGCCCGUGGUGGUGAUACGGAUGAUUGGGAUGGUUUCCAAGAAGGUGGCGAGGUUAACGAACCCGAAUCAGAUGGAGAAUUGCAAGAAGAACAUGAUGAUGAAAGUAGUGAUGAUGAUUCAGAUGAUGACGAAGCCAUCAACAAUUUGAUUAGCAAAUUGAAAGGAAAAUCCGGAGAUCAAAAAUUGAGUAAUAAGGCUAAGAUGUUAUUUAAUGACCCUAUCUUUGAUAAUGUACAAGCUGAUUUGCCAGACAAGACACCAGUAACGACGCAGACGCCGACGACUUCCGGUCCUGCGCCCGUCGGUGAAAAGCGUGAGGAACCAGUGCAAGACGAAGAUGUAAAUAUGGAUUCCUCGGCAGAAAGUGGAUCAGAAUCAGACAAUUCAGAUUUCGAAAUUGUUGCUGGUGAGAGUAAUUCAGGUGAUGAUGACUCGGACUACGAUUCAGAUGCAGAGCGUCAAAAUAGUAGGGCUAAGAGCCAUGCACAAGACGUAGAGAUUGCUACUGUAGAAGCAAUGACUUUAGCCCACCAGUUGGCAUUGGGUCACAAGACGAAACAUGACUUGGUGGAUGAAGGUUUUAACAGAUAUGCCUUUAGAGAUCAAGACAAUUUACCGGAGUGGUUUCUUGAAGAUGAGAAGCAGCACUCUAAGAUUAAUAGGCCGAUUACCAAAGAAGCAGCAGCGGCUCUAAAGGAGAAGAUGAAGGCUCUAAAUGCAAGACCAAUUAAGAAGGUGGCAGAAGCCAAGGCAAGAAAGAAGAUGAGAUCAGUACAAAGAUUAGAGAAGAUUAAGAAGAAGGCCGGUCUCAUAGUCGAUGAAGCUGAUAAAUCUGAAAAGGACAAGGCCGAAGAAAUCUCUAGAUUAAUGAGAAAGGUCGGCAAGAAGGAGAAGCAAAGACCUAAGCCAACAUUAAUUGUCGCUAAAGGUAGCAAUAAAGGUCUUUCUGGUAGACCAAAGGGUGUUAGAGGUAAGUAUAAGAUGGUUGAUGGUGUGAUGAAGAACGAGCAAAGGGCAUUGAAGCGUAUUGCUAAGAAACACCAUAAGAAGAAAUAA